AUGGAACUGAGCGAACAUGACAUAGUAUACAAGAAUCGCACAGCAGCAAAGUCACAAGUCCUUGCCGAUUUCUUGAUCGAGUUGACGCCAGAGCUGGAGCAAGACCUCAUCUUACCAAGUGUAAACUGGAUCCGCCACGUCGACGGUUCAUCAACGAGUAAAGGGUCAGGAGCAGGAGUGCAAUUGCAAUCGCCAACAGGGGAACUCAUUCGGCAAUCAUUCAGUUUUGGUUUCGCGGCAUCAAACAACGAAGCUGAGUACGAAUCCCUCAUCGCGGGGCUCCGUCUCGCAAAGGCGGUGAAAGCCAAAAGAAUCAGCGCCUACUGCGACUCUCAACUCGUCGUAAGCCAAUACCUCGGCGAUUACGACGUCCGCAACGAAAGGAUGGACGCCUACCUCAAACUAGUCCAGGAUCUUACGCGAGACUUUGAGUUCUUCGAACUCACGAAGGUUCCUCGCGGAGAAAAUGUUUGUGCCGACGCCCUCGCCGCUCUGGGAAGCAAGCUACACGACCAAGUCAAGAGGAUAAUCCCGAUCCACAAAAUCGAGAAACCAAGCAUCGACACGAAGGCAGAACAGGCCGCGAUUAUAGCAGCAAUCGACGACGCAAUGGACAUUGACGAAGUGGAAUCUCGCUCGCCAGAUGACCACCCAACAGAUUGGCGCAAAGAACUCAUCGAUUACCUCGCGGAAGGUUUACUGCCCAUCGGGAAAUGGGACGCCCGGCGAUUGAAACGACGCAGCGCACACUACGUCGUCAUGGACGGGGAACUACACCGAUGGACUGCAACAAAGGUACUACUCAAAUGUAUCGCCGGUGAAGAAACGAGACUCGUCAUGGCCGAAACACACGAAGGAGCAGCAGGCAACCACUCGGGCGGGCGAGCUCUCGCAUUAAAAGUUAAAAACCUCGGAUUCUACUGGCCAACCAUGAACGCCGACUGCGAGACAUACGCGCGCAAAUGCGAUAAAUGCCAGCGUCACGCCAAAACCAUACACAGCCCAACGGAGUUUCUCCAUACAUUGACUGCUCCAUACCCAUUUAUGCGAUGGGGAAUGGACAUCAUAGGUCCGAUGCCGGCAUCUCGACAAAAGAAGUUCAUACUGGUCCUCACCGAUUACUUCACCAAGUGGGUUGAAGCCGAAGCCUACGCCAACAUAACCGACAAGGAGGUACAACGCUUCGUCUGGAAGAACAUAAUCUGCCGAUACGGACUACCUUACGAGAUAAUCACGGACAACGGUUCGCAAUUCAUCUCGCAUCAUUUUAAGGGCUUCUGCGACAGAUGGCGCAUUCGACUCAACAUGUCGACACGACCAAACACUUGGAAAUUACGUUAG